CUGAAACAUAAAAGUAGCUUAAAGGAGUUCUAUUUUUUAAAAAAAUGGACCAAAUCUGAGUCCCUGGUAAUGAUAAGCAGAAGUUACUGGCAUGAAAAUUGUUAUGACAACUAUCUAAUGCCUUCAUCAUCAGAACAGAAACUGAUGACAUCAUAAUUCACAGAUGACUGAAAUAACAAACACACAAACUGAAGAGUACAGCAGAACCCAUACUGGCUUUCUGACUCAUGAUGUUUCAGAGGUCUCAAAAUGUCCACUUUGAAAAACGUCUGUCCACUCAAGAUUCUCCACAUAUCUGUUCAAACUACUAUACCAUAAAUGUUAAGUGAGGAAUCUAUGGAAAUUCCGACAAAGGAAAGGAAAGAAUGAGAUCCAAAAUAAAACUAAUUCUAUUAUUACUGAUUCUAUUGUCUCUAUGGGCCUUGAAUAAGGAGUAUGAUUUCAGCACAAAGAAACUACAGAGGGUGUAUCAGUGCUGGUCUCUGAAAAAUCAACCAAAAUUACAGCUAUCAGACUGGUUCCAUCCCAUUACAUAUGUGAACCUGAGUACUACUACAUGGUCGGCUCCAAUUGUGUGGCACAACACUUACAAUGAGUCGGUCUUGGAAAAUUAUUAUGCAGAGCAUAAAAUUACCGUGGGGUUGACAGUGUUUGCUGUGGGAAGAUAUAUUGAUUUCUAUUUGACAGAAUUUUUGUAUUCUGCUGAUAAGUUUUUUAUGGUUGGCCAGAGAGUCAUAAUUUACGUCAUGUUAGAUAACUUCUCCAAGAUGCCUUUGAUACAACUGGGUCGCUUCCGUACCUACAAAGUUUUUGAAAUUAAACGAGAGAGGAGAUGGCAAGAUAUCAGCAUGAUGCGCAUGAAGAUCAUCAGUGAACACAUUGUUGAUCACAUCCAAUAUGAAGUUGACUUCCUCUUCUGCAUGGAUGUGGAUCAAUUCUUCAAAAACAAAUACGGACUGGAGACUCUGGGAGAGUCAGUAGCUCAGUUACAUACUUACUGGUAUCAGACAAAUCCCGACAAGUUACCUUAUGAGAGAAAUCAGUUAUCAGAGGCUUAUAUAUCUAUGGGUGAGGGAGAUUUUUAUUACCAUGCUGCUGUUUUUGGGGGCACUACCAUUCAGGUUCUUGAUAUUGUCAGAGAGUGUGCCAAGGGAAUAAUGAAGGACAAGAAAAAUAGCAUUGAAGCAGUGUGGCAUGAUGAAAGCCACUUAAACAAGUAUUUCUUUCUUCAUAAACCCACUAAACUCUUAUCACCAGAAUACUGCUGGGAUAGUCAUCACAAAGAUUCUAAUAUUAAAAUUAUCAAUCUCACUUGGAAUUUUAAGAAUUAUAACCUUACCAGGGAGCUAUCAUAAUUUUAUAGCUCUUCCUUCAUGUUUCUGAAUUUAAGAACAUUGUUUUGCCCUAUAUAGUAGAAAAUUAGCACUUGACAAACUUUAAUAGUAAGACAUCGCUGAUAAAAUGGCAAGUUUACCAAUAUAGUACACUCAUAUUUUUCCUCAUAUUCAUUUUAUAUCAAAUAAUGUGGGAUGCAGUAGUUACAAAAUGAGUUUACCUAAAUCAGUUGGAGAUAUAAUAAUUUAAUAUUUUGUGUCAGUGUUGAAGAAUCACUAUUUGUUGGAUUAUACUGAACAAAAUAGCUUGUGCCACCAGAAGAUGAAGUCAGAAAUAUUUUAAAUGAUAAAAGUAGUUAUGAAUUUCUUAUAUUACUUAGGAAAAGGAGUUGUCUGGAGGUAUAGGGAGAGGAAGAUUCCUGCAACUAUACUAAUGUGCCCUGAAUAUAAAACUUUGAGGACAUUAAGGCUGUCACCAGAUGGGCACACAGCUAUUUAGGAAAACUUUGAUUCACUAAAAAAGAGCUAUGUGGUUUACAACUACAAACUUUUUUUGUUAUAAAAAGCAAUGAAAAGAAAAUAAAAACUUAAGGAGAAAAUUUAAAGCUCUUUUAAUCUCCCUUUGAAAACCUAUUACUCCAUAUUCCUUUUCUGUGUCUAUAUUUGCAUUAUAUGAAUACACACAUUUGCAUGUUUUGUACAAAUUGACUUAUAUUACACACAAAUACCUAUACACACAUUUUAUCUGUAGUCAGGGUCCAGUUAGGAAAGUAAAAGCUAUUAUUCUAGGUAUUCAAAUAGUGGAAACUUAAUACAGGGAAUUAGACCUAUAGAUGAUGAAAGAGUUGAGCAGCAUAAAAGGGAGAAUGAGGCAACCCAUACAUUUUUUAAAAAGAAUAUUUAUUGGGGCUGGCGCUGUGGCAUAGCUGGUAAAGUUUCUACCUGCAGAGCCAGCAUCCCAUAUGGGCACUGGUUCGAGUCCUGGAUGUUCCACUUCCAAUCCAUCUCUUUGCUAUGGCCUGGAAAAGCAGAGGAAGAUGGCCCAAUUCCCUGGGCCCCUGUACCCACAUAGGAGACCUGGAGGAAGCUCCUGUCUUCCGGCUUUGGAUUGGCACAGCUCUGGCCAUUGUGGCCAUCUGGGGAGUGAACCAGUAGAUGGAAAAUCUCUCUCUCUCUCUCUCUCUCUCUCUCUCUCUCUCUCUGCCUCUGCCUCUCUGUAACUCUUCCUUUCAAAUAAAUAGAUAUUUUUUAAAAAUAAAUAUUUAUCUAUUUGAAAGACAGAGUUACAGAGAUGGGGGAGACACAUACACAGGUAUCUUCCAUCUGCUGGUUCACUCUCCAAAUAAUCACAACAGCCAGGGCUGGGCCAGGCUGAAGGCAGGAGCCUGGAACUCUAUCCCUUCUCCCACAUGGGUGCAGGACUUGGGCCAUCUGCUGCUGCUUUCUCAAGAGUAUUAGCAGAGAGCUGGAUCAGAAGUGGAGCAGCCAUAUGGGAUGCCAGCAUUGCAGGCAGUGGCUUAACCCACUGUACCACAAUGCUGACCCCCAUAUUUAUUUUCAUUGAAGGUAAUAGUACUCCAAGGGCUGGAGAUAAAAAUGUAAGAUGUUCAGAAAGAACUAGAAUCUAGCAAGAGUUUGUGAGCUAGAACAAGAGAGAGAGGAGUUCCAGCCACUGCUAGAUAAGCCAACCAAGCUGGGAGUAGGGAGGAGUUUGCAGGGUGGAAAUCCAAGCCUUUCCUCUCCCCUUCCCAACACUGCUCUCUUCUGUCAGUGUUUUUCACUACUUGGUGAUAUACAACCAUCAAAGGGUAAGGGAGUCUGGGUAAUGUAGGCUUCUGCCACAUUGAGCAGAGCAUAAAGAGAAUGAAAGAUUUGAAAAUAAAGCAGUAGAUGGCUACUACAGCCUACUCAUUUUGUCACAAAGCACCCAUUCUGACUCUUCCAUCCACAUAUAACUCCACAAAUCACUUCAUAUCUCCACCUAGAAUUCAACUAACUUGUGUGUAAAGAAUCCCUUUUUUCCCAAAAAGGAAGAAUACAAACUACCAUCUUACUGAGUCUUCCUCAUCAUGUCCGGUAACCCCAGAUGAUAUGAGGUCCUCUCUAUUUGAAGUGUUUGUAGUUUUUCGUGGUUUGCUGAACUCUGAUCUA